CUGACAGAUUCGAGGACAGGUAAGUUACAGGCAGACAGACACACAGUCUCUACCAUGAAGACAGUUGGCCUGUGGAUUAUCUCUCUGACGCUGGUCAUCUCAGUGUCUUCCCAGGUCUUCCACUGGGGUCCGUGUCCGACGCCGAUGGUCCAGCCGAAUUUUGACCUGAACAGGUACCUAGGAAAGUGGUAUGAAAUCGAGAAGAUCCCAGCAACCUAUGAGAAAGGCACAUGCAUCGAAACCAACUACUCCCUCAGACCUGACAAGACCAUCAGAGUUGUUUAUGCCCGGACGCGUAAAGGAAAAGUGAGGACUGCUGAGGGAACGGCCAUCAUACAGAACCAAAGAGAACCAGCUAAACUCGGAGUCAGUUUCUCAUACUUCACCCCCUACAGCCCAUACUGGGUUUUAUCCACUGAUUAUGACUCUGUAGCACUUCUUUACUCCUGCACUGAUGUUCUCCGGCUCUUCCAUGUUGAUUACGCCUGGAUUCUGUCCCGCAGCCGUUCUCUUCCUCCUGAGACAGUCUAUCAUGCCAAGGAAGUUUUCUCUCUGGACAACAUCGACAUCAGUCGAAUGGUUCCUACUGAUCAGCACGGCUGUGAGGGCGGGGCUUAAAACUACCACCACCACAUACAUAUAUGAUGGAUGAAUAUACACGCUUUAAUAAGAUGGAAAAUGCUUACAAUGUCUUUUUUUUUUUCAUAAUCUCACUUUUAUUUGUGUGCAUUUACUUUUAGACCUAAUCAAUAUGAACAUGGAUAGAUUAUUACUAUUACUUUAAAUAAACAGUGAGUAUUAAUUGAGUGAUGGUGAUGUGGUUAUUUCAUAGAGUUUUAUCUCAGUGAAGUGUUUUAAACUAUAGC